AUGACGGAGUUCAACCGCUACAACCACGAGGACAAGUCGACGUGGCUGAACGCCGUCGAGAAACCGGACGCGCCGCUGGAGGCCAUCAUCGACCCGUCCAUUCUCGCGGCAGACUUCUGCAAGCUCGGCGACGAGGUGGCGAGCGUCGUGUCACCGGCGGGCGGCGCAGUAGAAUGGAUUCACGUGGACGUGAUGGAUGGGCACAUGGUCCCGAACAUUAGCAUGGGCCCCGGUGUCGUCUCCUCUCUGCGCGAGCACUUUCCAAAUCUGUUUCUUGACGUUCACUGCAUGGUUAGUAACCCUGAACAGUGGGUCCCUUCCAUGGCCAAGGCGGGCGGCUCCGGCUACACCUUCCAUAUUGAAGCGACGAAUGACAGCAAGGGUGUUGCGAAGCACAUUCGCGCUCACGGAAUGCAGGUCGGUGUGGCGGUGAAGCCGGCAGCAAAUCUCACCCAAGAGCUGAAGGAGCUGAUUGAGGGCCACUACGUGGAUCAGGUGCUGGUCAUGACUGUGGAGCCUGGAUUCGGUGGCCAGUCUUUUAUCCAGGAGCGGCUUAGCUUCAUCUCCGAGCUGCGUCGCAACUACCCACACCUAAACAUUGGUGUUGAUGGCGGCAUCGGCCCCGGCACGGCGGAGCAGGCGGCCGACGCCGGCGCCAACAUCCUGAUCGCCGGUACGUCGGUCUUCAAGGCCGGCGACCGCAAGGCGGUCAUCGAGGAGCUGCGCGCCUCGGCGAAGAGUGGCAUCUGCAAGAACUCGAGGAUUUAA